AAAAAACACCAUAAAGUGAAAAAAGUGUUAAAAAUAAAAUAUAAAAAAUUAUAUUGGUCCCACUUUUAAACAUUUUCCAUUAAGGACAAAAAGCACAGCGUCCCUUCUUUCAUGAUGAACUGGUUGCACAAACCUGCUAGAAUGGAGAAAGUGUAUGUGUGUGCUGGAAGUGUGUGUCUGUCUCAGACGGCUCUGGAUUGGUUGAAGACGUGAUGCUGCUGGAGCUCACAUCCUUUCUUUGAUUUGAGAGGGGCACAAAGUCAUCAUGGCGUCAGAAAAACGGUGUUGAUUCAGAAGGGCAACAUGAAUAUGAGCGGCAGAAGAAAGCCACCCCAUCUCUUCAAAUCUGAAAACACACGACAGCCGCAGAAAGACAGCUUGCUUGCUCUUCGAGUCAUCUUUCUGGAUGAUAGCGAGCAUGUUUUUGAAAUGGAGCAAAGGGUACUGGGAAAGGAUUUCUUCAAUGUAGUAUGUGGACACCUAAAACUUGUGGAAAGUGAAUACUUUGGGCUUGAAUUUCGACAUCAUUGUGGCAGUUAUGUUUGGUUAGAACUGCUUAAGCCUCUUGCAAAACAGAUUAAAAGAAAGAAUGAUCUGACUUUCCGCUUCAUAGUGAAGUUCUUCCCUCCGGACCCAGGACAACUGCAGAAAGUGCUAACCAGGUAUCUGUUUGCGCUGCAGAUCAAACAGGAUCUGUCUAACGGCAGUCUGACGUGUAACGACAACAGCGCCGCUCUGCUGGUGUCCUCUCUUCUGCAGGCAGAGAUUGGCGACUAUGUAGAAGAGCUGGACAAGCAGCAUCUGGACAACAAGAGGUACAUUCCAAACCAAGAGUGCCUCCACAAAAAGAUCACGCGCUUCCACAGGAGACACAGAGGUCAAACCCCAGCCGAAGCGGACGGUCAGUUGCUUGAAGUGGCCCGUAAGCUGGACAUGUACGGCAUCCAGCCUCACGCCGCCAGUGACGGAGAAGACAUGAGAAUCAAUUUAGCCGUCACUCACUCUGGAGUGCUGGUUUUUCAGGUAGGGACUGUGUCAUUAAUGAUAAAGCCAGGCUAAGCAUUAGAGCUGUAACACUGCUGUCUUUCGUGUUUUAUACUAAAUACUAAAUACUAAAAUAAACACGUUCAGCUGGGCCAAUAU